CAUUUAUGUUAUGCGUUAUGCAAAAGUCUGUGCGGGAGCCCUUACAUAUAUAAGUGCGAGGGCCCAUAAAAAGAAUGACUGCUAAGCAUUUUUUAUUAAUACAAUUUUUACAUUUAAUUUUUUAGUUUUAAAUGAAUAUUUGCGUCAACACGUAAUGGUAUAAAAUUUUAUGUUUGAUCACAUUCUUUAUGAUUCUUUAUCAGUGACUUGAACUUCGUCAGUAGACAGUUUUUUUUGCACGCUUGCACAAGAAAGUUUGUGUAAAUUAGUGGAAAUAUUAUAAUUACGCACAAAUAUGACGGACAAUGUCAAGGAAACAAAAAAUGAAAUGGAAGAUAAGGAAUUGAACGAUUUAUUGGAUAGUGCUCUGCAAGAUUUUGACAAAGUAUCUAUAUCAAACGUUGAAAAAGUUGAUGACACAGAUACAGUAAACUUACCAAAACAAACAGAUAAGUAUGAGACAUGCGAAGACAAAUGGACAGAAGAUUUUCUCAAACAGACAGCGGAUCAGUUUGAAAGGAAUUUGCAAAAUUUAUUACAAAAUGGAGAUAGUGAGCUGGAGGCUGCUUUACAGAACAUGCUUGGACAAACAUCGGUCAGCAAUGAUGUGGCAGAUGACAAAGACAUGAAUACAGAUUUUCAAUCAACCAUUUCGCAAGUUUUAAAGGACUUGACCACAAAUUCUGAAAGCUUACAGAAUGAAGCGGAUGUGGCGGCUAUGCUCAGGCAAACAUCUCUUGACGGUGAUACCGGCGAUAUAUUGCCAUUUAUGCAAGGGAUGAUGGAGCACCUUUUAUCGAAAGAAAUUCUUUAUCCGUCAUUGAAGGAACUGUCAGACAAAUAUCCAACGUGGUUAGAAGAACACAAGACGACUUUGAACACUUCUGAUUUACAGAGGUAUACGAAACAAUCAGAGUUGAUGCAAAAGGUACUUAGCUGGUUUUUCGCCGUGCUGGUUAACUGCUGCCGUCUGGUACAUGAGGGGGCAUCCCUGGCAAAUCCAGUGAAUUUAAAAAUUCAGUUGGAUAAUUUACCACUUCUUCUACUUCCACAACUGUGUCUACAGACUUGGUUGCUAUUUUUCCACCAUCUUCUGCGGAUCUUCUUCUGUAUAAAGGAUAUCCAGCGUUUCUUGUUACUGCGUGGGAUACUAAUGCUCGCGGAUAUCUCUUUGUGCAUAUUCCGUCUCUCAUACAUGAAAUAAAAAAAAGGCUGCCAAAGAAAAUAAGGCUGCCAUUAUUACGGCAUUACCAUAUACAGGCUGUACCAAAGAAGGAGAUAUGAUUCCACAAAACGUCCCUCACUUUUGAAACAACCAAUAUUUCCAAAAUUUAAAAUUCGAAAUAAAAGCUGCAAAAUAUAUAUAUAAUUAUCCUCCAAUGACAUUUACAAAAAAGGUCGUAAGAUUCACCAAAAUCACGCCCCACAUUUUUGAAACAACCAGUAUAUCUAAAAUCAGACCCCAUAAGAACACAACAGAAGUCGAACGUUGUGUCAAAAUUACAAAGCAAUCGGUAAAUAACUUUCGGAGAUCUUAGCCAACUAACAAACAUACAUUUACAUUUUUAUUUAUAUAGAUAGAUUUGGUGCGCAAGUAAUACAUUGCAUUGAUCGAUCAUCUUGACAACGGGGUAUUUUGCAUUUGGAACAUAAAUAUUUUGUUUUUUUAUCUUUAUUAGGGUAGCAAAAACCGCAACGUAUUUAUUUAUCAAGAGUAAAUUCAACAAUAUCCGGAGGUUACUGAGUUGAAAAAUCGAUUCUUAAUAUCAUUUCAAUUUGAGCACGAAUGGAAACGCGAAGAAUUUUUGUUUCUAAGCGACGUAGCAAAAAUGGAGUUACUAAAUGAUACGCUAGAUUUCCGUUAAAUUAACGGCGUUUGAUUAAAGUAUUUUCCUUUUUUAAUGAGUACAAAAUGUGUGCAUUUAUAGUGCGCUUUGGUCUAAAAUAUCAUAGAAGAAACGUAAAAGUCAUCGUUGAAUACCGCAAGUAACAAUAUUCGUGACAUAUUUGGUCGAAUGUGUCAGUUGCGCCUUUUGUUUUAUUAUAAUAUAGAAUUAUUUACGGUUUGUUUUGAUCCGAACUAAUAUUUUCGGUUUGAUUCAAAGAAGAUAUUACAAAUACUACUUUAUUUUUGGGGGGGAUUCAAUAGGAUUGUUACGUCCGGCAGACUUCACGAUUUCCUUUCGUCAGAGAAACAAAUAAGAUUACAAAAGAAAUUCCGUUUCAACGGUCUCCGAUAAUUUUUUAUGCGUCUAAGAUUAGUCCGUUAGAAACGUGAUGACAAACAUGAAUAGACGAAAGUUGAUAAUUUUAACUCUUUUUGAAUAUCGAGUCAACAAAAAAUAAAUUCUGAAGAUAAUACAGAAAUACAAAAACGAACAUGAGUUUGAAGCAAGGUUUCACGUUUCCUUUGUAACGGUUCACCUUUUCCGAACGCCUCGGACAGGCUCGCCGGGUGCCAGGAUUCGGGAGAAGGGGGGAAACCAGCUUGCGUACACCGAUAUCAAGUUAACAGAUCUUUAUUACAGAUUCUUUACAUACAAAUCUUAGCUUAUCUUACUCUAAAUACUUGGUUUACGGGGAGGUAUGUACAGUAUAUACAGCCUAGUUCUACGUUGGCCGGACGAGAGCGCGCUGAUGCGCAGCAUCUUAGCACGCGGUUGCGGUCGCGGGGUUGCGUAGAAGUCGGGAAGCCGAAAGCCGGCGUGCACCAGGUGGCGAAAUGGUCUAAUGCCUCGUCGGCGGGAACUAGGACACCGAGAACCGGCGUGCACCAGGCGGCGAGACGGUUUAAUGACCUACCUCGUCGGCGGAGUCAAGGAAGCCGAAAGCCGGCAUGCGCCAGGCGACGAAACGGUCUAAUGACCUGCUUCGUCAGCGGGAAGUAGGAAGUCGAAAACCGGCGUGCGCCAGGUGGCAGAGCGGUUUAAUGACCAGUUCUGUCGACGGGGAAUGGUGCUCGGUUUUGAUCGAGCUCGGCUUUUAUACUCGUCAGGGCGAUUCCCACGCGCUCUCAGCAGCGUGGUGGGAAUGGUUCCCUGACAGGGAUACUAGACUCUCGGGAGGGACGUUCGUAGACGCCGAGUCCCGUGUAGUGGGGCAGAUGGUCGACCCCGGGACGUAGUUACAUUUGUCACAUUCCUUACAAAAAAAAGAGCAAUAAAGUAUCUAAACAUUAGCAAAAAAUAAAUAACCGUUUCCUCCAUCUGCAAACCAUACAAGACAAACAUUCAAUAUCGUAGCACGUUUAGCACGAUAAAGAAUUAUUUGUCUUUUAAACCCAAAGGGAAGAUAAUCUACGCGAUAAGUCGCAUCUCUUCGAUAAAAUUUAAAGGAAUGUGGGAGGAAACAGAGAAACUUUCGACUCAACGUAUGAUUGGUCAAAAAGGAAAAACUUUCUUCAAUAAGAAAACUUAGAAUUCACCCACCACACAAUCCUGAAAAAGAGUCCUACCAGUUAAAAUAUUUGAACCACUUACAUCUGAAUUCUCCCUCUGUAAGACUCUGUAUAUACAAAAUCAAAUCUUGAGGAAGAGUUUCAAUUUUUCACCCCAGUCAAUAAUCAGUAACGAGUAAGAGAGUUAGUUACCAAAUAGUUACCUAGUUAGUGAGUCAGUUAGUAAUCAUGUAGAAUCAGUGCACGAAUAGACUAGUACCGUUCCAUCCGGUCAAGAAAGCCCUUCGAUUCCGACAGAUUUGUUCGAGUAAUGAGUAAGUUCCACAAUCAUAAUUUUUUUUGUUUUUACGUUAUUUAUCUACUCCCUUCCGUUUUAAUUCUUUAAGACACGCUCCUAUUAUUUAUAAAUAAUUUCUUCACACUCACACGAACUUGAUGAUCCCGCGUGCGAUUCUUGAGUUCCCCCACACUUACACAAACUUGAGGCUCCCGUGUGCGAAUCUCAAGUUCCCUCACACUUACACGAAUUCGAGGCUCCCGUGUGCGAAUCUCGAGUUCCCUCUUUGCCCCCUCAUUUUUUUUUUCAUCGUACUCUCCGAUCAGUUCCCCAAAACUUAAAGAUGUUCUACCCCUACUCUCUCCCGCGCUAUUCCUUAUCUUCUUACAACUUCAAACAUCUUUGUUUUCCUCAUGUAACCAUUUAGUAAACUCUUUGACUAUUUCUUUGCUCCGCGUUUACCGUUAUAACUAUAGAAUUAAAAAAACAAAAAUCUUUGUUUCCCUUUCUCCGCCCACCACAUACUUAUAUAAUAUUUGUACAAUUAUACAUAUUCACUAUGCGUUUUAAAUUCGAUUAUACCACCGUUAUUACAAAAUUGUCAAAUCACGACUUCAGCGCUUAUUUACAUUUUUUUAACUUUUUGGGAAAUUUAAAAUAAAUACUUUGUUAUUUCUUUUGUUACAUAAACUUCAUGAUUUAUUUUAAUUAAUAACGACCUCCCUUCAUCCCGAACAAAGACUGCACCUGGUCCGAGCCUGAGUUAACCCUUAAAUGCAUGAUUUUUUUUUUUAAUGAAUUUUCAGCUCAAUAUGAUACAAUAAAAGGAGCGCAAUAAGGGAAAAAUAAGAAAAAAA